AGCGUCCACGCGUAUUCCCUUGAUGUUAUUUAUCACUGCGAAUUGCCAUCUUUCUCCAGAAAAUCACGAGCACAACAGCACCAAAAACAAAAAAAGAAAACUGAAGAAAACUAAAAUAAAAAUAAUUUCUAAAACACACUUGUUUCCUGCACAUUCCCCCCCUCUCCUGUCUCUCUCUCUCUCGAACGCGCGUCAGAUCUUUUCGCCAGAUCGUACAGUCGCACACUCGUCAAACGAAAGCGAAGCCACUAUCCAUCAAAUACGACCAAAAGAAAAGAAAAAAUAUAGCGGAGCCAACGACUAUAGCUCCCAACUAUUUUGUCUUGUCUACAUUUUGUUAAGAUCGUGAAAUCACUUUGUGCUUUUUCCUAUCUUCCUCAACAAAUCGGUGAAAAAAGAAAUAUAUUAAAGAAAAAAAUCGUGUUAGAACAGCAGCACAUUCCUUUUUUUUUCUCUUUCCUUGUUGCGGCUCCUCUCGGUGGGAUUUGCGGCGAAAAGAGUGGUCUCAUCUCGUCUCGCACGUUCUUGUCCUCCGACAGUGUAGAAAGUGGCCUCUCUUCUCUUCUCUUCCUUUUUUUCUUUUUCUUUUUCAUCUCUCGUGUGUUUCUUUCUGCCUCUUCCUUUUGGCCUGCUUUCUCUUCUGCUAGCUUUCCCCCCUCCUUCUUUCUGGAGCUCUGUCCCCCUCGUUUCUUUUGUUUGUGUUGUGAUUGGUUGUGUGUGUGUGUGUCUCUCUCUCCAAUUUAUUAUCAUUAUUAUUAUUGAAAGUGCUUCUCCUUCCCCCACCCCCUCCUUCCUCUUCCUCUUGCUUUUCUCUCUCGUUCCGUGUACGUAACAGAGGCUUGGACAUGAAACACGGCUCCUUUGCUUUUCGUUGACGCCCAAAGGCAAUCGUUAUUAUCAUUUCAUUUUUUUUUCUUCUUUCCCCUGUUGUUUAUCUUUCCUUCUCGCGAUCUUUCGGACAUUAAAAUUCCUUUUUCCCUUUUCUCUCCUUUUAUUUUUUGAUACGUUUCUUGUUUGUGGAUUGUUUUUGAUUUUGCUCUCCCUUCCAAUUGCACGCUCCGCUUUUCUUUCUUGACACAUUUUUUUUUUGCCCUGUUGUUUGUCUUAACCUUCCCUUUUGUUUUUGUCUUUGUUUGUCCACGUUUGGUGUCGCAAUCGAUAGGCUAAAUCUCUUCUGACGAUCAUUAUUAUUAUUAUCUAGUAUUAUCUAUUACUACUAUUGCUGCCCUCUCUCAUACCUAGAGAGUGUGUGUGAGCGCGCGUACCGGGCUUUCUUUCUCUCCUUAUCAAAAAAAAAAGGAAAGAAGAACACGAGAGAGAGAGAGGAAGAGAACGCCGCUCCGUAGAUUAAAGUACAUACACAUACGCCACGUAUCCCUAACAGUAACAAAAAGCCGUAAAAGAGAAAAACUGUUUUUGUUGUUGUUCCAGACGGUUUCUCUUGUUUGUCUUGACUAUUCUUCCCUAUUGUUUUCUCGGUGUUUUGGUUUAACGUUUUUCUUUGCUGUGCGUGUGUGUGUUAUUUGUUCUCCGCGUUGCUUGUUUUUCUCUGUCCCUCCCUCUUAACGGCCAUCACUCACUCACCCACUCACACCAGGAGUGGGAGGAGGAUUGCGCUGCCCCGUGUGGUUUUAUCGGCAUCUGACAACCUGCUCGAUAAAUACAUAUAUAUAUAUAUAUAUAUAUAUAUAUAAGUAAGUAUAUAUGCAUGUAUCUUUGCUUUUACGGCCCUUUGUUUUCGUGACCCAAGUAAAAACGGACCUCCCCGGAGAGAAACCAAAAAAUUACCGAGGAAGAAAACCGCAGUUCCUCUUUUUCCUUUUUCUUUUUUUUUUCUCGUUUGAUUUCCAUCACUAUGGAAAAUCUCAACGGCCACAGCGACGACGAGUUGGCUGUGUGGACCACGUCGUUUGCUGGCGGGGCAGACCCUACUCCGCGCUCCCCACACGAGCCGCAAACGCAGCACCGGCAGUACUCUCAGGGCCCCAGCAGCCAAUCUCACUGCUUUCAGACGUCCCAGCUCGCUUUCCUCUCCUCGAGUGAUGACCGUCCGCCGGCCACACCGCAUUUUCUGUCCGACUCCAUCGAAAGAGAGACCACGCCGCAGAACAACACGGUAGCGCCCGCACCCCCCUCACUGCCACAACCCGCAAAGCAACCGCCGCCACCGCCGCCGCCGCCGCAGCAGCAGCGAAGUACUGAGGAGACACCGCUCCCCAUCAAAGCCACCCGCAGUCCCAUGAACAGCCACCCGCACAACGGCGAGGUGCCGACCUUUAAAUACUUCUCCCCCUCUUCCUUGUCGUCGGCGCUGCCACGCCCCAGCAAGAUUACACCGGCCGCCGUCGCUGCUGCGGCCGCAGGGAUGCUUCCCCUCUGCACCUCCCACCCAUCCGGCACGAGCGACACCGACAUGGAAGUGAAGGGAGAAUGCUUGGAGGACUACUUGAAAUUACAGGACGACGAUGAGGUGGACUGUGCGGAGGGCAGCACCACCUACCCUGGUCGGCAGACAUCGGACUUGGUGCAAUCGGGCUCGCAGCAGUCGCAACCAUCGCGCACUAACGGCCGCAGCUCGCUGUGGGUGAGCGACCUGUGCGACAUCGCAGGCGACGUCAGCAGCUGCAACAACAACAGCAAGAACAAUACAAACAUGAGGGACUUCAACGGCAUGCAGUUUGCCCGCUCCCCCUGCACGCCGAUCGAGGUGGAUACGAUGAACACGGGGAGCUUAAGGAUUAAUAAUAACAACACCACCUCGCCUGGUGCGCACGCCGGUGCGACGACGGCGAUGGCGGCACGACUGUGCGCCGGUCCUGUCAAGAAGGCUCAGCCACCGCCGCUGAGCGGGUUCGCGCCUGUGGCGGUGGUGACGCCCGGCUCGGCUCCGCCCGAGAACAAGGCGAACAGCAUCAGCGCGAACAACAGCGUUUACUACGCGAAUACCAAUAACACCACGAUCGACGGCGGCAAUCGCGUGUGGAGCCACCGCAGCACCACCCCGCAGCCGCUAUCCCUCGCCUCCUCCUUGAAGGUCUCCCCGUCGUCGCACAACUACGGAUCGUUUGGCCUGGUGAACGAAGAGCGACGGCUGAAGGAGGAGCUGCAUGCUCUGCGGCAACGCGUUUGUGAGGCGGAGCAGCGGUUGAGUACGGUGCAACGACGCAUUGCGGAGUCGUCCCUCAACGGCGGCGGUGUUCCUCCUGCCGCUGGCCCUGCUGGUGGCGGCGCGACGGAGUUGGAGACACAACGCUUUUAUUCACAGCCGCCUUUGCAAGCGGCCGCGAAGGUGAUGCCGACCGAAGCACGACCGCCGGAGGUUGCAGCCACAGGAGCAGCAGCCACAGCGGUACCCACACAGGGCGUGUACAUGGUGUCCACUGCGACGGCGCCGCGCUACGCUCUGGGCGCUCCUGCGAUGGAGCUGCGGAGGACGCCACCACAGCAACAACAGCUGCAGGUGUUACCGUCCUCCAUGGCAUCAAAGGUGUACGUGGCGAGCGCGCCGCCCUCCACCGCCGUCACCAUGACGCGGCCCCCUUCGACUGACUCAUCCCGGCUGGCCGGCAGUGGGAUGACGUACAUUGUGCAGAACGGCACCCCUUUCGGCGUGUAUGCGAUACCGUCGACUGGGACGCUGGUCGAUGCGGCGGGGAACGCGAUCCAAGCAAACGGCGUCUACCCCCCUUCCACCACAACGAACGCCACCUCCACACACAGCACCACUGCCGCUGCGGCUGCCGUGCUGUCCACCCCCUCACCAGCGGGUGGGUCGACGAUGCAGGUGGUCGGGACUCAGUCCUAUAUGGUGAACAACCAGCCCACGAUUUGCUACAUGGUGUUGGCUCCGCAGACCCCACAGCAGUCACAGCAGCAACAGCAGCAGAAGUUGACCCCUUCGGUGUCCCCACCAGAGUUCGGGAGCCACAACAACAAUAGCAGCAGUAGUAAUGGUGGUGUUGGUGGCAACAUACACAUGAAAGGUGCGACCUACACGCACGUGCCGGUUCUCCCCACCGCUCCCACCACCGCUACCGCCACGGCGACGGCCAAGACGCAAGAGGUGCUGCCGAGCUACCCCCAUGUCGUCAUGGUAGGCCCAGCGAGCAACGCCGAGCUCACACGGAAGUGUUUCAACGUGCACGGCUCCAUGAUGGGCGUCGUGCCGUACUUCCCGUACGACGAGGGCGCACCGCCUGCGCCGACGGCCACCAUCCUCACUGCGGUGGCGACAUCAUCGCCAGGUGCGAGCGUGCCGGGACAGUCGAUGAGUGGGGCGUGCUGGUCUAUGCGGUCGGGCGUCAACGGCAACGGCGGCGGCGCUGAUCUGGUCCUCGGCAACAGUGGCCACUCGCACGACGGCCUCACGACCAUGAACGACUCGAGCGUCGUGCCGCCAUGCUCCUGUGGCAGCAACACACCACCCAACAACGCGAAGAGCAGCACCACACCCACGACACCCGGUGACCCCUCCACGGCACCCGUGCUACCCAUUUUCAUUCAGAUGUUUCCAUGUGAGCUGCAUGACCGGGCGAAGGUGCUGAAUCGAGUGAUGGAGGCAACGUGCGGGCGUGACUUCGGCGUGGUGCAGCGCAUCGAGCCCCGCUCGGAGACGUCCUUCAUCGCCCACGUCCGCACGCACCACAUGUGGCACCUCAUCUACAAGCUGCGCUGCCGUGUGCUGAUGGACCGUUUCGGCUUCUGGUACGCCGCGGACUUGGAUCAGUACAUCCGCAUGAAGGAGUACUGUGAGGGCGUGCGUCGCCUGCCACAGCAGACCCGUCACUUCCAGACCGACGGGCUGCCGUGCAUGCCCCUCGUUGUGGAGCUGUCGCGGGCGGUGGAGAAGGCGGUCGUGAUGGAGAACAACGCGCCGCGCACCUUUGACGAGAUCGUUCCGAUCGCUGCCGUGGACCGUCACCGCACCCGGCUGCACUCCACCACCACCGCCUCAACGGGGACGAAUGGGUCUACUAUGCCCAACACAGAUGGCAGAGGCGGCGCCGGAAUGGGCUUCGCACCGGCGAUGAUGCCGCCCGCCGGGGGCUUUGCGGAGGCGACCACGACAGGCGGGGAGAACACCGCAAACGCCGUCAUGAUCGGCAGCAACAUCGGCAAUGGCAACUCCGCGCUGGUGCUCUCCGGUGCGCCGCUGCCGCAACACCAGCAGCAGCAGCAGCAGCAUUGGAGCAUUAUGACGACAACGGGGAGUGAAAUGAGCUUUCGGACGUCCAAUGCUUCACUGGGCGGCAGCACACGUGCGGGGCAGGCGAUGUACAUGGAAGGGCACCCAUCUCCCCAUCAAUUUAUGUAA